GGGCGCCGGGGGUCCUUGACCGCCCCUUCCCUUUUCUUCGGCCGGAGCUCGAGGGAGAAUGCUAAGAAGUACAAUUCUGAGGUAACUGUGCAGAAAAAGAACAAAAUGAAAAAGGCUACCAGGAACCCACUAGUUGUUAUAAUAGAUGAUGGUGGUGAUGAGGAUGAUGUUCAGUCUGGUCUACCCACAAAGGCCAAGAGGGGGAAAAAGAAACACUCAGUAGAAGAGAACAGUUCAAUUCCAAAGAAGAAGAAGAAGAAGAAGAAGAAACUGGACUCUAAAUUAAAGAAUGAAGCAUUUGUAGACCUGCCUAUUACUAUACAAAGCACUUCAGAUUUGGGAUCAAUCAAAGAAGCAGAAAAUCCACGUAAGGCUUUAAAGAAAAAGAGAAAACGAGGACUUUCCUGUGAGCGAGAGAGCAGUCCAGAAAUUCCAAGCCAAGGCCAAACAACAAUAUGUAUGAAAGCCAAUUUCCUUGUUGGUAAGAAAUGCAAAAGGAGUGUCCCUGAGACCUGUGAAGGCAACAAUGGAUACGAUACAAAGAGAAAGAAGAAAAAACACAAGCUUGCUUGCUCACAUGCUGAAGAUGAUCAUUCCAAAAAAGACUUGCCCCCCACAAUGGAAAUGAUUUCUCAUGAAAUGAUGCCGUCAGAUAGAAAACUGACUCUUAUCCAGAAUGCUGUAAGCAAGGGGGAAAGCAAACAUAUUCGCUGUUUAACACCCGUGGACAGUCGAGAAACCAGAAAAGGGGUUUUGGAGAAAGGCACCGCAGACCCUACCUAUGAGCUGCAAGAAGAAAAUAACUGCAAGCAACAUCACAAGGACACGGCCCACACAUCGAAAAAGAGAAGGCAAGUAACAGAGCAGGAAGGGAAGAAGAAAAAGAAGAAAAAGAAGAAGAAGAAGAAGAAAUCGAAGGAGGAGGAAGUUGAUUCCCUUUUGACAUGGGCAGGUAACCAGGAAAACCAUCCUGCUGUCUCUACUGAAACUCUUUGGAAGACCAAAUCUGAAGAAAAAACAAAGAGAACAGAUCUGAUCAAGAACUCUAAAGGAGACAGCAAAGGCCACAAGAAGAAAAAUACGUACACCAAAGUUGCAGACAAUUACCCAGAUCUUAUGGAGGGCAACAAAGAUGCUUUCUACUGGGAGGGAACUGCGGUAGCAAUAAAAAAAGCUAAAAAGAAAGCAAAAAAAUCCAAGAAGGAGCAAGACCCAGCAGCGAGGUCAGAGAGCAGCCGCUUCUGGGAGAACAGCGUCCAGCAGUGUGAUGCCACAAAGAAGAAGGCAAGGAAGAGGGAAGGACCUGAGAGAGCUGAGGAAGAGCCCAGUUCAGAGCCGGCAAAGGUCAAGAUAGAAGCAGAGGAAACCAAAGAUGAAAUCCAAGUCAUAGCAAUUAAGAAAGGAAACUGUGAUGAAGUAAAGAUAGACAAGUUGAGACGGCAGGCACUCCAAGAAGAGAUUGACCGGGAAUCUGGCAAAACGAAACCCAUCAAGAAAGUGGACGAAUCGGAUCACCAUUUUGGCCAGUGGAGCACGGCAACCUUUGACAGCACAGAGCAGAAAACAAAGUUUCUCAGACUCUUGGGUGGUUUUAAGAGAGGUCCUGCUUUGACUCAGGAGUCACCGGCCAAGGUGACAAAACAUAACAUGGCUUUGGCCAGGCAUGGAGAGGAGAAGCUGCAGCAGACCCUGCAGGCUGAAUUUGAGAAGGCACUGGACUGGAAGCAACGGGGAGGUGCUGGCCUCGGGUUCCAGCCGGCUCCUCAGAAACGGGUGUACAUAGAUAAAUAUGCCUCUAAAUCUCUAAAGUUUGAGGACUACUGUGAGUAAAGAGUAAAAAAAAAAAAUCAGCUGACUUCAGGUUAACGUGUCCUAACACCUGAAUCACUGAAAUCUCUACCUCUCCGCUGCUGUGUGGACAAAUAACAAGUAUCUUCCUCCGGAAACCUUGCUCCCUGUUUGGCAGCUCAGAUUUGUGAAUGCUCAUCCUGCUGCAUUUUGAAAAUGAGCUGCUCUGGGGGCAGGGCUGAACUAUGGGAGUCACAUCAUAUUUUUACUGAAGGGGGGGAAAUGGCUAUGAAAUUCUUUGGCCCUUUCAGGGUUUUUGUACUGGGAUCUGAAGAACUUCAUGGCUUCAACAGUACUCCAAAGUUCGUUAUUUUAAAUGUAUUGUUGUUUUUACCUUUAUUAAAAGGAUAUUCCUUUCACCUGAUUUCUUUAUGAGCUUCACGCCAAACAAAUUCAUUAUGAUUGGGCUUUGGGGAGGGUAUUGCUCCUGCAACCUUUUGUAUGGCUUAAAUGUUGGUCGGAGGGGCAUUUGUGAUAACAAGACAAUGACCUGUUUGUACCCACAUCUGCUGCAGUGUCUUUUUAAAAGGCCAGGUUCUGUUCCCACCAGCAACAGUGGCCAACUCACCCUCGAUCACCAAGACCCAGAAGUAAACCUGUCUAUUCACUAGGGCAGCAAGGCCAGAGACAGGUUCAGAACUUCAAGGGCUGAGCAAA